CCUCCUCUGUAAAGGAGCAGAGCUUCCCUUUGCUGCUGCGGGCCACGGGGCCGUACUGCUGGCCCUGAGAGAACCAGAACCAGGACUGAGCGGGGCAGACUGGUCACACCCUGCUGCGGAAACAAGUAAGAGUAUUCUGGUGCUUGGAAAAACAACCACUUUUGUGGUAAGAUGAACACAAUGGGAAAGUUCCUGGUCUUUGCUGCGAGGUAUUUAAUAUUAAAAUCACAUCUCAGCAGGCCUGUAAACUGUUUCAACAAACUUUAGAUUCAAAUUUGAGAUUCCCCUUCUGAGGAUUCUUCUUUACUGGAGGACCACCCGGGCACACAAAGCGCUUGAAUAAACUCAAAUGUAAAAAAGAUGUACAGUCCAGCCACCAGAUAUUCACAUAUUUGUGUGUCAAUAUGUACUUUGUCUGAAUUGUAUGUUUGCCGUUUCAAUCAAUCAUCAUCCAGUUCCAUAUGCCCAUGAUUUUUUUAUCCACCAUAUGCAAAUACAAUAUUUGUUAGUAUAAAAUAGCAUUACCUUAAAAUCUUACUUAAAUAUAACAUGUGAUUCAAUAUUAAAUAACAUAAUUAAUUAUUGUUCAUUCAAUUUAAAUCAAUAACACAAAAGGUGUGUUCUGGUUCAGCCCCCAUUGUGUAACAUGCUGCUGGAAGGUGUGUGGAUGGUUUUUGUUGAAGGUGCUGUAGCCCUGCCCAGUAGUCCGUAUGAACUAUGAAGUACAUUACUGUCUGCAAAGCAAAACCAGUCGGUAUUCUGUCCAACGUUACGUCCUCCAGUGCUGGUUGAAAUGGGAAUCUACCGGGUUUCCUUUUUGGUGAUUUUGAUCUUAACUUGCGUUGUAAUUUUUGUUUUGUCAUCGACAAAUUUAUCGAGCAGCAGUUGGAAUACUUUCUCAGACCCAAUCUCAGAAGGACCUGAGGAAAUAGCUGAGCUAUGGGUGCAAAAGGAAAACUUGCUUGCCUCAAACUUUGUGUUAACGGAUCCCACAAAACAAGCCGAAUCCCCAAAAUCGACAGUGAGAGUGAACAAACCGCCGCGCGCUCCGGAGACUCCCGUACCUGUCCUCUUCAGAAAAGACUUCAAGAAGCUUCCGCGCUUUGAUUUCGAGGAUAUUUAUAACCAGGACGCUCCACGCAGGCAGACAACGUGUGCCCAGUCUCUGCAAAACUCUGAAGAUAAAGACUUCAAGAAGAAUUUCCUCCCAAACAUUCGUUUGUUUAUGGACAAAAUGAACAUGAGCGAGUGGAACCGGCUGUCGCACUUCAACAAUCCUUUUGGUUUCAUGGAGAUUAAAUAUGAUGAGGUGAUGCCUACAGUGAAGUUGAUCCCAAAGCCAAAAGAGCCACUGCUGCUUCCACGGACGGGCAGUGACGGAUGUUUGCGCUGUGCUGUGGUGGGCACAUCAGGAAUCCUAUAUGGCUCUAAAUUGGGGAAAGAAAUUGAUGCUCACGAUUACGUUUUUCGGAUGAACGGUGCCGUCAUCAAAGGCUUUGAGGAAGACGUAGGAAACAAGACAUCGGUGUACGUUCACACUUCCCACUCAAUCACUACUUCGCCGCUUGUGUUCCAGAAGUACGGAUACACAACCGCCCCUAAGGAUGAGGGUAUAAAAUAUGUAAUGAUACCUGAGGGGAUGGGGGAUUUCAAUUGGAUGGAGGGUCUUUUCAAACAUAAAAGAAUCAAGACUCAGACAUCUAAUAACACCAGGCCCUGGACAUACUAUGGUGGACAAUACAAUGAGAGCCGCUUCUACGUUCUGCACCAGGAUUUCCUCAGAUACGUUCAAAACAGGUUCUUAAUGUCUCCUCGUCUGAAUUCUUCACAUUGGGUAAUUGUCAGACCAACCAAUGGGGCAUUCACUCUCUUCCUCGCUCUGCAUACCUGUGACACUGUGAGUGCGUAUGGAUUCAUGACAGAGGACUACGCAAAAUACUCUAACUACUACUGUGAAAGGGAUAUUAAAACAAAAGUAAUUUUUUACGCCAACCAUGACUAUCACAUGGAAAAGAGGCUGUGGAAAAAACUACAUGACAGCAAAAUACUAAAGUUGUAUCAGAGAACCAAAACAGGGAAGAAUUCGCCGAGCACCACACCGAAGCACUGACAGGAACAAAUGAUGUCAGCCGACAGAGAUGAAUGCCCUAAGCACAGCUGCCAGAUGUGCCAAUGGAAGUGGUGGGUGGUGGUGUGUUUGGGUGUGGGUGGGUGUGGGUAUUUGUGUUCACAAAGACAUUGUGUAACCUUUCCCUGUUUUUAUACGUCAGCAGCCCAUCUCCUAUUGUUUUCUGGUGUUUUCUCCAAAAGACUCAAGUCACACAAUGCUUUACUCAUUUACUGCCUCUCUGUGCCAUUCACAAUUAAAACAAUGAGAAAAUUCAGUUUCUCGGUUUGCUGAGUCAUUCAAAAAAAGAUCAAAAUCAGUGCUGAUGAAUAGAUUUGGAAGAAGGAAGAAGGGAAAGACAAACAUUGAUCAAAUGAACCAAGAAGUGUAUUUGCCCUAAACUAUAUCCCAAAAAUAAGUAAUGUCACACUUUUGGUUAGUAAUAAUAAUAAUAGAUGUUUUUGUUAUUGUCAAGAUAUUAUUAUAUAACAUGAAUGUAAUAUUUAUUUGCAAUAGUUCAUUCAAUUCAUUACUAAACUCUAAUAGUAUCCAAUUGACACUAAAUACCUUUGUGUCAUCUCUCCAACUGAAUGAGGCUGCACCCCAGUAGGGAUUGAAGUAAUACUGGAUCAUCUGAUAAAGUCUUUGUUCAGUCAAUCAUAGAAGUAGAACUAUGACUUUUGAGGGAAUAAGCAAUAUCUCCUUACUUGAAGUUAUAGAACUAAUCUGAAUCUCAGUACAGUGGAUCAAGACUUACAAUUAAACAUAUAUUUGUUAUUUCUGGU